AUGAUGAGUCUUUGUGAAAUCUGUGGGAACGAAGCGAUUUUUUUAUGCAAAUGCAGAAAUGGGAAAUUCUGCAAACCUCAUUUAGACAGACAUAAAUCAGAGCCUGGAAAUCACCAAGUAGUUGCAAUCUCAGAAGUGCAAGAAUCCCAAAAACCUGGAAAAAAAUCUGUAUCCUUUAACCGAAACAAUGAUUCAUCUACAGGAGGUGAUGGUUCAAAAUCUGGACAUCAGCUCUCAGAAAAAGAGGUAAGAAAACAAGUUGUGCGUGCAACUUUAGAUCGAGAAAUGAACAAAAUAAUAAAAUUCCGAGAAGACACUUUGGAAUGCAUUGAUUCCCUACAAGAAAGCUACAUACGGCAAAUCGUCGCCGAUACAAAAAGUCUGACAACAAGCCUUCUCGAAGAAAUAGCUGCAAAAGAAGCUACCAUAAUAAGUGCGCUUAAUGAACUAGACAAGCCAGGCGAUAUUCCUGUCGGAAACCCAAUAAUAGAGCGUAUAAAAGAGCUUAAAGACCCCGAAGACUGCCUUGUGCAGUGCUCUGGAGACGUUAAAGAAGUUUCUUUUGACAUUCGCGACUUCAUGUCUAUAGAAAUGGGCUGGGCCGCGAAUCCAGUAAUAGAAGACAUGAAAAUUUAUUACCAGCAAAACCAAGCAGUGAUCCCAUUAAAAAUGAAAGAUUUAUUCCAAAAAAUAAUUGCAGAAAAACAUUACACAUUGAAAAAAGUCAAUUUAAACAAAGCAAAAAUUGGAAAAGAAGGAAUCCCUCACUUAGUAAAAGCUUUAAGCCUCCUACCACAAAUAGAAAUACUUAAAUUAGGCAGCAAUGGGCUUGGGUCGGAAAGUGCUGAACAAAUAGGCGAAGCGAUAUCUAAGCUGCCAAGGCUACAAAAACUUAUUUUAUUUGAUAAUGAUCUGAGGGGAAGCGGAAUUCAAGCUCUGUCGCCUGCAUUUACAGACUUAAAAGAGCUUCAAGUGUUAAGUUUGGCGAAAAAUUCACUUGGAGCGACUGGUGCAAGGCAUAUUUGUUUGGUUCUGCAAGGGAUGGCAAGACUUAAAGAAGUGGACUUAGACUAUAAUGCUUUAGGGGCUGAAGGCGCUAGAUAUUUAGCAGGGGCAUUGCCAAAAAUGACACAUUUGAAGACCUUGAAAUUGAGAAAUAACAAUUUAGGAGACGAUAGUGUAAAAUUCUUGAAAGGAGCAUUAGGAAGAAUGAAUAAGCUGGAAUUAUUGAAACUUGAAAAUAAUCCUAUGGGAAAUGAUGAAAAAAGGACUUUGCAAAAUGUAGUAAGACCUGGCUGCAAGGUGGAAUUUUAA